CCACCAUCCUUGUGCCUUGACACAAUUCGUGACGUCACGCCGCCUUAACCUCAAAUCUUCCUCUGUUUUUGCCUAAAUUCCCGCACCAUGGCAGACGAAGAAACAGUGAACGGCAGCAGCGAAGAGCUGCCCGAGAAGUCCCAGAAAAAAACAGCGAAGUACGACAGCGGCGCCGCCGACUUGGAAAAAGUCACCGACUACGCCGAAGAGAAGGAAAUUUCGACCCAAAACGUGGCCGGAGCGAUUUCGGCGAUCGGCGACCGCCGCAACAAAGAAGCCCUCGAGAAACAGGCGCGCGAGAAAGAGCUGCUCAAAGUCUCCAUCAAAAAGGAGGACGUCGAUCUCAUCGUUCGAGAGAUGGAGAUUUCCAGGACUCUGGCCGAACGCACGUUACGAGAAUACCACGGAAAUGUUGUCAACGCACUUGUAGCUCUAACAAACUAAUUUAUUACGAUUUUGUACCAUAAUUAAUAAAAUUUACAAAUUAUAAGUA